AUGUCCACCCAAUCCACCCCCAGCAUUCUCUUCACCCACACAGCCCCGCAACAAGGCUUCCGGUUACUCGAACUUCCCCCCGAAGUCGCCGACCUUCUCACCUCGGAGAAUCCUCCCACGCUCUACCUCAAAUCCCCACCCACAACGUCAACACAUCUCCGAUUCAAUCACAGCGAUGAUGGCGAUGCUCUCCCCCGCGAAUACGUCAACCUCUGCACACCCACCCAUACCUACCGAAUCCGACAAGUACAGUCAUCGAAUUCCCUGCACAUCUUGCGGCCGGAUGACGGGAUCGCGAAGGGGCUGUUGAGGAGCGGGGAUUUGGCGGUUGUGGAUAGUCGUGCUGCUGCUGCUGUUGCUGCGACGCAGUUGGGUGACGGCAUGGAUGUCGAUCUGAAUCUCGCGGAGACGGUGACGACGAUCGCCAAGUGCGGGUCGACGUUGGAGUUGCAUGUGCCUGAGGGGGGGUUCGGGGCGCGGAAGAUCUUGGGGUCGUUGUUGGGGCGGUUUGCUUCUUUGGGGGAUAAGAGGGGUGUGGGUGGUGCUGGGGAGGUGGCAGCAGCAGAUACGCAGGUGAUGGAGAAGGUGUUUGCUGAUGUUCCGGUCUCCAGAAAGGAGUGUGAGUUGGGAUGGGUGGAGGGGUGUGCGUUUGUGUGGCGGGGGAAGGCGUGGGCGCCGACGCCGGAGGUGAAGAUGGAGGUGUGGGAGCGGGUGGUGAAUGGGGCUGUGGUGCAGGGGAUUGAUCUGCGGAAGCAGUUCUUGGUGGCCGAUCUGUGGAGGUCGGUGAUGUUGGAGGAGGAGGAGCAGGAGGGUGCAGAAGAGGGAGGGCGGUUCCCUCAAGCGUUGUUUGAGGCGGUUGUGCGCCGCGUCGUGGAGGUUGAGGAGGGGGGUUUGUUGCUCGGGGACGAGUUGAAGUGGGCAAGCCUUGAUAAGGAUGCUUGUGUACGAUGGGUCGGUGAGACGUAUCUUGAGGCCUUCGCGCCGAUGGCGAGUGCUGCGAUCGGCCGCAGUGAGUUCCUCAACGCCUGGAAGGAUCAUCUACCGGAGGCUUGGAGAGAGGAGGUGGCUCUGGCCAGAUUGACGGACUCCGUUUAUAAACUGCCCGGCCCAACCACCAUCUGCUUCGUGACCGAAUUCGAGCGACAGCGAACCAAGAAGAAUCUCUCCACAGAGGCUAGUGCGUCGACGGCAGCCAAGAAGUCUAGAAACUGGCACGAGCUCUUCAAGAACCAGAAGCGACAGAAGCGGUGA